AAUGAAUUAUGCUUACAAAAGGAGUAAAAGAUCAUACAUCAAAAGUUCUUCUUAAACCAGAAAAAUGUUAGCCGAAUUAGUCUUAAUUUAGGGGUUUAACAUUAAAAAUGUAAGAAUUACUUUAUUUUAAUUUAGGCAGCUCAGAAAUUACAAAUUAAGUAUGCGACUGCAAAAUCAAUCAUCAUCUAUUACAAAUAGAAUGUUAUCAAGCAAUAAUAGAAGUCUAAUUAGACGAAAAGAUGUUCUUAUGCUUCUGCAAAAAAUGCUAUUUCUUACACGAUUGUAUCAAAAUUAGCCGGGUUGGAAGUAAAUUGUAGAAGUAUUCACUUCCUAAAAAUGGACGUCACUAAGCAAUGAUUAUAUUAUAUUAUAAAUCAAUCACAAUUGAG